AUGAUGAUGUACACGGGAACCAGUACUGAGCAGGACACUCGCUUCAGUGACAAGGAGAAGAAACUUAUGAAGCAGAUGAAAUUUGGUGAUUGCUUGACUCAACAGGUGGACAUGUCCAAGGUGAAACUGGAUGUGCUGAAGCCUUGGAUCACCCAGAAAAUCACUGAAAUACUGAAGAUGGAAGAUGAUGUGGUCAUUGAUUAUGUCAACAAUCAACUCGAAGAGAAGUUCCCUUGUCCAAAGAAAAUGCAGAUCAACUUGACGGGAUUCCUGAAUGGCAAGAAUGCACGGCUGUUCAUGGGAGAGCUGUGGGAGUUGCUGCUUAGUGCUCAGGCCAGCGAGAAUGGCAUACCAGAGUCAUUCACCCAGCAGAAAAAAGAAGAAAUAAAGAAAAGAAUGGAGGAGCAGAAGGACAAAGAGAAGGAGAAGGAGAGGCGUCGGUCGCGGUCGAGGUCGCGCAGCCGCCGCCGCUCGAGGGAACGGCGCCGCUCGCGCUCCAGGUCGCGCGACCGCUCUGGCGACAGAAAACAUCGUAAUGGAGGGAGUCCACGCCGUUCAAGACGUCGCAGCCGGGAAAAGAGCCAGGCCAAGACUUCUAGUGUUGAUGAUAUAAAAUUACCAGAGCCUAAAGAAAAUGGCAAGUCACCAGAUAAUAAAGAAGAAAAGGAAAAGGAAAAGCCUGAAGAAGAAAAUGAAAAUACAGAGAAAACUGAAGAUGUAAACGAAAAUACUGUAGAGGAAGAAAAGAAAGAAGAAAAGACGGAGGAAAACCCUCCUAAAUCUAGAUCGGCGUCGCCAGCUAAAUCGACUGGUGCCGCCGAGAAGGAGCCAGAGGAGAAACCACCCGAAAAAGCCCGCCAUUCGUCGAGCGAUCGUCGCUCGUCGUCCGCCUCAUCUCACGGCAGUGCAAAGAAGCGAUCUUCGCAUAAGAAGCGUCAUUAUCGUUCGAAUCGUGAUUCUUCUACUAGCGUCAGUCCAAGACGCAGUUCGCGCAGGGAAAGAAGCAAAUCUAGACGCCGCAGUCGACGUAGAUCGCUCGAUCGCCGUGAAAGGGAACGCGAACGCGAAAGGGAACGUGAACGGGAACGUCGCCGUCGUGAGAGAGACAGGCGCGAAAGGUCCCGAGAGCGUCGUCGAUCGCUUGAAAGACGUAGACGUUCGCGUACGCGCUCUCGACGACGUUCAAGAGACAGGUCGCGCGACCGCCGCCGAUCGCGCUCGCGCAGGCGCUCGAGGUCGCACCGCCGCUCGGGCAGGCGCUCCCGCGACCGCCGCUCCAGGGACCGCCGCUCCAGGGAUCGACGCUCCAGGGACAGGUCCAGGGACCGGAAAUCUCGAGACCGCACUAGAGACAGAAGGUCGAAGGACAGGAAAUCCCGUGAAAGAAGGUCCAGUGACAUUAUUAAAGAACGGCUAGAAAAAUCCGUGUCUAUACCACGAAAAGACGAGUGGCCUUCCAGUCAGAGUACCUGGCUACUGAGUCGCCAAGCGGGGGCAAUAUCUAGCACUACACACAAAUCGUUGGAGCUGUGGCGGCCUAUUGGAACGGACGUCGACUCGCGAUCUGAGGUCGUGGGUUCGAAUACCAGCGAAAACCUUGAAAAGUUACAUAAGCCGUCAGAACGUAAUUCUAUCCCACCAGAGAGAAAUCAAAAAGAUAAUGCUUCUAGUUCAAGCAGAGAGUCAUCUGUCGCCAAUGAUAAAUCUGCUUCAGCGAACGAUAGUCAUGCAAAGCCAACUCAUGCAUCUGAUGACGACGACAAGGAAGAUUUUAUACCUGUUCCAACCUUAAGAGAGUAUUCUAAAAGCUUAUCCCGCACUCCAUCGCCUUUCUUGAGGAAACAUGAAAUUGAAAGUAACAAAAAAUCAGACAGAUCCGCUGAUGACGCAUCGGGAAAAGAUCAAAAUGACGAAGAAAAUAAGACGCAAGAUGGAAAAAAAUUGAAACGAAAGGCUCACCAAUCAGAGAGUGAAAGUGAAAGCAGUGGAGAAGUUGCUAAAGCUAAAAGCAAGCCGAAGCUUAAGCGUAAAGAAAAAGCUACCUCAAAGAGAGCCAAAAAGGCCAAGAAGGAGAGCUCGUCUAGUGAUAGCGAUUCAGAAGAUUCGUCUUCUAGUGAUUCUGAAGAAGAUAGAAAAAAGAAAAGUAAGAGAAGUACGAAAAAGAAGAUAGCAAAGAAAUCUAAAAAGAAACGGGCUCGAUCGUCGAGUUCAGACUCUAGUUCAGAGGAAGAAGUCAAACACAAGAGUUCUAAGUCAAAACAAAAGAACAUUCCAGAAGAAUCCGAUAGUGAGAAGAAACCGAAGAAGAAGAGUAAGGAUGCGAAUAUUGAGCACUCUAAAGCAGAAAAACUUGAAAGCAAACAGGCUAAGUCAAAGAAAGCAGAGAAUUCGGAAGAUUCACACGAGGAUAGCUCAGAUAGUGAUGCAAAGUCUAGUAAAAAGAAGAUCAGCAAACAUGACUCGAGUAGCUCUGAGAAAGAGGUAAGGCGCAAGAAAGUUGAAUCGGUGAAGGAAAAGGCCGCUUCUCCUGAUAUCACAAAGUCCCGUAAGGGCGAUGAAAAACCAAUUAAAGCAAAACAUUCAGAAGAAACAAAGUCUAAGUCGCGCGACGAUAGCGAGAAGAAGGCUAAAAAGCGUGAGAAAGAAGACUCUUCUUCGGAUAGCGAUCAGGUCACAAAAAAGAAAGCCAAAAAGAAAGUUUCCGAAUCCGAAUCUGAUUCUGAUAGCGACGAACCUAAGAAAACGAAGAAAGCCAAGAAACAUAAGAAACAUUCAAAGAAACAUAAGAAACACAAAAAACAUAAGAAAGCAUCUAAAAAGAAGGACGACUCCUCGGAAAGCGAAGAAGGUGAAGACGAGGAAGAAGAGGGAAAAGUGAAUAAUGAAGAUUUGGAAAAGAAGUUGCGUGAAAGGGCGUUGAAAUCCAUGAAAAAGCAAACGAGUGCAUCUGGCUCCGAU